UUACAUAACGGUCGUAGCGGUAUUCGCAGGGCUGUGGUUAUUGGUGGACGAGCCAUGUGGUGCCCAGUUCAAAGGCAGCUACCUUAGAGCCUUCUACCUCUCGAUGGAGACGCAGGCCACUGUCGGGUUUGGAGCCCCUGACCAGUACUUCUCUGAUUGCACCAGUGGAGCUGUGGUCCUAUCCAUGCAGUGCUGUGUGACGGUCCUUCUGAAUGCCUCUAUCAUUGGACUGCUAUAUACACGACUCUCACGAGGCGGCAAGCGAGCUGAGACGAUACUGUUCUCGGAUAAAGCAGUGAUUCGAGCUGGUUCGGACGGCAAGCCGUACUUCAUGUUUCAAAUAGUGGAAAUGAGGAAGCAUCAGCUCAUAGAAGCCCACGUUCGAUGCUACUUCUUUUCCCACAGAGGCCGCUAUCGCUUUGUCGGAGAGUACAUGCGUCUGAACAGACCGAAUGAUGAGCUGGGCGCACCAUUACUGUUAGCGAUGCCCACUUUGGUCAUUCAUUCUAUCGACCGUUACUCACCAUUGAUGCCCUCAAGCCAACGUCACGACACGUUCCCCUUCCCACCACUUCGAGAAUGUGAUGGUUUGCAAGGCAAUCGAGACGACUAUAGCUGCCCGACUUGUGGGGAGACUUUCCACACUAGAGUUGACCUCAGAGCGCACAUUGUCUAUAAUCAAGUGAAUGAUGAGAUCAAUGGGGUGCCUCCGGAACACUCACACAGAUUGCCGCCUGAAGUCGAGACAGAUGCGGGAG